AAGUGUGCAGAAAAAACUCCGACUUUCAUGGGCUCUCUCCGCCUUCUUUCCCCUGAAGCGCAGAGGCUUUGAGCGAUGGCGCAGAGUGCACGGAAGACCAAUCAAACACACCGCCUCACUCGAAAAACCGUAUUAAAAAAAGGAAAUUGAUGUCUAAGAAUAAAGUGGGAAUUUCCAAAUCUGUCUCUUCUUGGCUCUCAUGCAACUUGAUCGACGUGCUCCCAGCUUCACGUCAGGUUUUGGUUCCUUCCUGCGUUGUGCUGUUCGCAUUCUUUAUUUUCUUUUUGUCCCGGGUCGUCGAGUUCGCAAUGUCAAGGUCGUGUCUUUCGCUCUUGUUGCCCGUUUAGCAAUCUGCAUUGUUGUGGUUGUUGCAUGUUGAUCAUGGUGGUCCUGAUGGGCUCCUGUGAGGGGGAUCAUAAAGAGUUAGAUUAAACAGUAUCUGGGUGAUUAUAGUUUUUCCCUUUUGGAUCAAUUCGGAUGGGAAAAGAAGAAAAAUCUGCUUUAUGGAGGCGCAUUACCAAUUUCACCAUCAAUGUCCUUCUCCUCUGCUUUUAGGUCUUUCUUUCUGGUAGCGUUUUUUGUUAGCCGCGGCGAUGAGACCUUUGGAUGUUUUAUCUUCUUUCCAGUUUCACUGCUGGUAUAAUUUGCAAAAAACCUGUUUUUUGUAAUUGUUCUUGCAGUUUCUUGAACGGCCGGAUUUGAAGUCUUUCGGAAUCGGGCUUCAUAGCGCAAGCUCAAUAUAGUGGAAUAUUGUCUCUUGGAGGUUGAGCAUCCACUGGGGACAUUCAAGCAUCUGUCACCUGCAGGAAUUAGCAGUCAGACACUGAAUUUGAUGAUUUAGUAAUGGAACCUUUAGCAGCAAAGUCCAUGAAAGAGAAUGGGAAACCCGACAGAUCCUAUCAGACUGUGAACAAUGACAAUGUUCCCACCGAGAAUAACAACAGUGAGGUCGAAGCAAAACAAAGAGUGCUCCUCAUUGAAUGGUUGAGCAGCAUGUGUCCUGAUUUAACCUUACCUCUACAAGCAUCGGACGAGGAGUUGAGAUCAAGCUUGCUUGACGGGUCCACCCUGUGUCAGAUCUUGAAAAGGUUGAGACCUAGUCACAUCAACGAGGGAGGUUAUUUCGAUCACUCUUCAGCCCUUCAUAGAGAUCAGAUCAAAAGGUUCCUUGCCGCAAUGGAUGAGAUGGGGAUUCCCAGGUUUGAGAUCGCAGACCUAGAGGAGGGAUCUAUGAAGCCCGUAAUAGAGUGCCUUUUGUCGAUGAAAGCUCAGCUCAUGCCAAAUGGUAAUGCAGAGAGGUGCAAAGUUUUGACAGAAUCAAAAUUCCAACGUGCUUUGCGAAGUCCUGUCAUGUCAGAGCCAUCAGCUACGCUAAUGCAUCAUGUUGGGCUUAAGUUCCAUGAGGUAUUUCAACUGAGGCAAGGUCGAUAUGCGGACCUUCCGGCAGCAAAGAUCUCGGAGAUGAUGAAGUCAAAUAGUUUGGACAAUGCCCCCACCCAAUCACUUUUAAGUGUGGUUAAUGGAAUUCUCGAUGAAAGCAUCGAAAGGAAAAACGGCGAAAUACCUCAUCGCGUCGCAUGCCUCUUGAGAAAAGUUGUGCAGGAGAUAGAGCGGCGUAUAUCAACUCAGGCAGAACAUUUAAGAACUCAAAAUAAUCUCUUCAAGGCUCGUGAGGAGAAGUAUCAAUCUAGGAUUAAGGUACUUGAAGCCCUGGCAACUGGACCUUGUGAGGAGACAGAGAUUUCUAUGGAUCGGCUUCAGCGACUUCAGACCGAGAAGAUCAAAAUGGAAGAGAAGAUCGAAGAGAAGAGGAAGCUUGAAGAGGAGGACUUAGCUAGAUUGACUAAAGAGAAGGAAAGUCAUAACUUGGUAAUUUCGGCACUGAAGCAAGAGCUGGAAGUGGCAAAGAAGACAUAUGAGCUCCGUCACUUGCAAAUGGAAACAGAAUCCAAGGCAGCUGAAAUGGCACUCGAAGAGAGGACAAGAAAACUUGAGCAGGACUUGGCAGGAUACAGAAAUAAGGUUCAGGAGCUGGAAGCGGCAAAGAAGACAUACCAGCUUCGUCACUUGCAAAUUGAGACAGAAGCUAACGCGGCUAAAAUGAUGCUUGAAGAGAGGAUAAGGAAACUCGAGCAGGACUUGGCAGGCUCAAAAAAUAAGGUGAAACAACUUGAGGCGUACUCAGAAUCCAAAAACCAGAAGUGGAACAAGAAAGAGCACAGCUUCCAUAGAUUUAUGGAUUUUCAAUUUGGGGCUCUAUGUGAACUAAGGGAUUCUUUCAAGUCCAUCAAGCAUGAACUUCUGGUCACCCAAAGAAGCUAUUCAGAGGAAUUCAACAGCGUUGGACAACAGGUUGAAGCAUUAGCUAACGCAGCAGAGAACUACCACCAAGUUCUUGCAGAAAAUAGGAGGCUAUUUAAUGAGGUUCAAGAUCUAAAAGGUAAUAUCAGAGUGUAUUGUAGGAUUAGGCCCCCACUUCCUGGACAGAGUGGAAAACAGUCGAUUGUUGAACGUACUGGUGAUGAUGGACAGUUGGUUGUUGCUAAUCCCUCCAAACAGGGCAAAGAUGGCCAUCGCAUGUUCAAGUUCAAUAAGGCGUAUGGUCCGGCUGCUUCUCAAGAGAUGGUAUAUUCCGACAUCCAACCCUACAUUCGUUCUGUUCUUGAUGGAUAUAAUGUGUGCAUAUUUGCUUACGGCCAGACUGGUUCGGGAAAAACUUACACGAUGAGCGGUCCUAGUGCAGCAACUAAGGAGAGCUGGGGUGUUAACUAUCGAGCUCUCAAUGACCUUUUCAUUAUCACUGAGAGCAGAAGAAGAGCCAUCGUGUAUGAAAUCUUGGUUCAAAUGGUUGAGAUCUACAAUGAACAAGUGCGCGAUCUACUAUCCAGCAGCGGCUCUCAGAAGAAAACACUAGGGAUUUCAUCAAUCCCUCAAGCAAAUGGUCUAGCUGUUCCAGAUGCUAGCAUGCAUCCUGUCACAGCGAGCUCAGAUGUUAUGGAACUAAUGGACAUAGGGCUUAAGAAUAGAGCCGUCGGCGCCACCGCAUUGAAUGAAAGAAGUAGCCGCUCGCACAGUAUUGUGACUGUGCAUGUUCGUGGAACGGAUGUGAAGACUGGAAGUAUGUCACAUGGUAAUCUUCACUUGGUAGAUCUAGCGGGAAGCGAAAGAGUCGACCGCUCAGAAGUAACUGGUGACAGACUAAAAGAGGCACAGCAUAUAAACAAGUCGCUCUCCGCCCUCGGAGACGUCAUUUUCGCUCUUUCGCAGAAGAGCCCUCACGUGCCUUACCGUAAUAGCAAGCUCACUCAAGUCCUACAGAGUUCUUUGGGUGGUCAAGCAAAAACACUGAUGUUCGUGCAGCUCAAUCCCGAUGUGGUAUCGUAUUCAGAAAGUAUGAGUACCUUAAAAUUUGCCGAGAGAGUCUCUGGGGUUGAGCUCGGGGCAGCGAGGAGCAGUAAAGACGGCAGGGAUGUUCGGGAGCUGAUGCAGCAGGUGGCAUCUCUAAGAGACACCAUCGCCAAGAAAGACGAGGAGAUUGAGCGGUUGCAGUUGCUUAAGGAUCUCAAAAACGUGUAUCCCGCAGUAGAUAAGCGUGGCAUGGCCUCACCAUACGAUCCUUCCUCUCCAAGCCAAAUUCCCUCCAAAGGUGUAGGACUUAAUGAUCCUGAGAAUGCUUCGGUGUCCAGCGAUAAACAUUAUGAAUCCGAUUCGACUGUUCCUGGGGAUGAGAGGUACGGGGACGAAGACUAUGAGGAGAGAACAAGUGAUGUUUCUGAUUACUCUGCUGAAAAUAGUUUGUCGUCUGACGCGACUGAACGGCCCGAUAGCUUAGAGAAGCCGAAGUCUGGACUUAAAGGUCCUCCGCCCUUGCGAAAGUUGGCCUCUCGGGAAUCAUUGAAGGCUUCAACAAGUGCCAGGAAAACCGUGACCACUCCUACCGGAUCCUCUACUUUACUCAAACCGCCCCGACGGUGGCAGUGAAACAAGAAGUCGGGUUCGAAUGCUGCCACUGUUUUCCAGACCCGCUCUACCGGUCUGUGAAUAUAACCCAGUCACUUUACUCGGCCACAGCUCUUCUGUUAAUGCAUUCAUAUUUCCUUUUCUGCUCAUUCCAGUUCGAGCUCAGAUAGAUAACAUCAUGUAAAUAGGCGUUAGACAUUCUACCUUUCUUUUUCUUUUUCUCUUUUCUCUUUUUGCUUAUCUGAGAGAUUGUAAAAUCAAUUUUGUUGCUCACUCGUCGAUGCAGCUACCAGAUACCAAUUGUAAAUUAGGCACCAUCUCAAUCGUUCAU